GAAAGUUGAGCUCACAGCUUGGCGCUUCGUUUAAACUGUAGGUAGCGGAUGGGCAUCUUGAAAUACGUUCUGAAGUCUCCAGCAGCUGUAAGAAUCAGUUCACUCGCCCUGCAGUUAUCUUCUCAGAUAGAAAAAGCUUGUCAACGUGAUUCAUUUUCACGUUUCCUAUUAUCUACUCACAGAGCAUUAAUAGCCAACCUACUUUUAUGUCGUCACUCAGGGACACUGAUUGCCCGUCGUUUACGAGACAAAUAUUCCAGUCUGCAUUCUACCUUGAAAACCGAUUCUCGGUUAUUCGUGACUCAAAAAGUUCUGCUUGGUGGAUCACUUAUUUCAUUUGCCCAGGAUAAAAUCACGGAUGAAGAAGUCUUAGUCACCUUGAAAAGCUUUUCAACGAAAGGUGAUUCAAAUAAUCUUGAAAACACCAACUCGUUCGAUACAGAAAAUGAUGCUAGCAAGGAAAAUCAGCCUCCAUUUACUACUCAAGAUCCUACUCAAAACCCACCUUGUGAAUCAUGGGAUCCUCCUUUGACUUUAAUGAUAAGGCAGUUACUCCAAAAUUAUGCCGAGCGAAAAUCAGUUCUUUUACAUCCUGCUUUAGAAUCACUUACAACCGAAGAUUCUAGCUCACAUCCCCUUGACCCUAAUCCUCAAAUAAACGAGAUCUCUAGUGUGAAUAGUUUUAAUACCUCCCUUUCAUCAUUCUUUAUGAACUUGGACAUUCAACCAGAUGGUACAGGUUUCGUUGAUGAUUCAUGGGAGUUGGUGUUUGAUCGGCCUAAUAUGCAUGUUUGGCGAAAACCAGCGAAAGUACUUCUUGAUGACAACGAAAAUAAUUCCCCAAAGUCAAGCAAUAAAUACGAAUAUCGUAUUUGUGGACAAUUCCAUGAUAUAUCAGCCUCAUCAUUUUUGGAAGUACAACUUAAUCUUGAUUAUCGACGACAUUGGGAUGAUAAAAUUGUAGAAUUGGAUUAUAUUACACCAAGUGAUGUUGAUAGCAAGGAUUUUUCUAUCAUUCGUUGGGUUGUUCGCUUUCCAUUCCCGUUGGUUAAUCGUGAGUAUAUUUACCUGCGUCGUUGGUGGAUUCAACCCGGUGAAUGUCAUUUAAGUAUUCAAAAACCUCCAGAAUUAUCCGGUGAACACAAAGACAAGUCUGCAGCACCAGUCGUUUUAUGCCGAAGUAGUACAACUGAGGAGGCUCCAUCGUUUGGUCGUUACGCUUAUGUUAUUUCACGCUGCCCCUCGGAUUUUCAAAAUAGAUGCAUUCAAUCUUCAGGUAUCUCUCCAGUGGAGUCUUCGAAAAAGUCAAGUUUAUGGGCGAAUGCGAAAAGACGUGAUCUUGUACAGGUUCAUGAAUACCAUUCUGAGAUGUUAAUUGAGUCACAUGGGAAAUUCAAUCAGACUGGAUUAAAUUACUAUUUGAUUUACUAUGAUGAUCCAUGCCUUCCAGUUAAUGGUUCCCCAAUGAAAUUCCUCUCUGUUAAAGCUAUGGAGGAAUUUAUGCUACAACUUCAUAAAGCUGCGUUGAGACUACAUCAAAAUGGUCUGCCACCUGGUAUCCAGCCUAUCGUAUACUUUACGGAUGAAAUAAAAAACAAUCAGAAAUCUGAUGUAACUCCUGAGCUGAAAACAUCCCCACCUCCAAAAAACAAACCAUCUGGCAAUAAAAAGUCAAAAUCAUAUUUCUUCACCGACCGCCCUCCAUCGGAACCAAGUUACCUUGAUUCACCUGCAGCUGCCUUGUAUUGAUUGCUGAAAGUAAUAAUAUUAAUAAGGAUAAGAAGCCUUUCUGUUUUUGUUUGUUUUCAUAUUUUCUCUAGCUAUACACAUGGUUUGCAUUUAUGCUAUGCAGUGCUUUUUGUCUAGUGGUGAUGAUGAUAAUGAUGAUGACAGUGACUUUUAUUUCUCGCCUUCAAACUGACACAUAAAACCGGUCCUCUAUGUUCUCUUUAUAAUAUUCUUCUUUCUAAAUAAUUUGUUCACUUGUAUUUAAAACAGUGAGAAAGGCAAAUGAUUUGUUUUGUCUUGUUUUCUUGAAUUGGAUAACAGUAGUUUACUUUUUUCCCUAAAUUUAGACUUAUUACUUAAUUAUUUAAUACUGGAGCUUUUUGUACACAUAUUUAGAUGGAUAAAGACGAGUGUUUAAAAAAAUGUAGACACCUCGAAUGAAGACGUCAGCUCUGAACCUAAAAAGCCACAAUUUGAGAUUAUUUUUGUUUCUCUUUACUUCAAAAUAAACUACUCACAAAUGUAAUUACACAAAAAUGUACAGUGUGGAUAAAAAUAUAGUGAUUUAGUUAUAUUUCUUAUGUGUUUUUUUAAUUCUUAAGGUAUACAGUGCAAUUGAAAUUGUCUGGUUGUUGCGUAAUUAUGCGAUGAUUAGUUGUAGAUGGGGUUUUUGAUUGGAAGCGUUCUAUGAUCUCCUUUCAUUUGGC